UGCAACUUUCACAAAGUGCGGGUCAGAGUCCGCGUUUAAAACAAAAGAACUUAAAUCACUGGCGGGGAUAAGUCACAACUCACUCAACACGAUGGUCUAACGUCGGGCAGAGUUAGAGGCAGGGGCCAUUUCGCGGGUGGGGGUGACAGUGUGCUCCUCCUGGAUCGGUCCGGCGUGCCUCACGGGAGCGGGGUGCGGAACGGACGGCCCGCCCUGACGGCGGCGUCACACUGCGGCUUCCCACCGAGCCCCAGAGCGGCAACACCGCCAGAAGCAUCAACAACGGGCGGGGCCUGACGUUGAUUCCCAGAGACCUGUGUCAAUGAUGGUCGGAAGGCUUCAAGAGUUGUAGGAGUAUCUUUCUAGUUCCUGUUUACCCAGGAGAUAGUGGAUAUGCUUAGAGGACCGGCACAAUUGAUCAAAAGAAAUAACCCUUUGAUCAACAAUAUUUUGAAAAGCCAAAAGGUAAAGAUGUCCAUUCAAAAACAUUCCCGGAGAAUUGAAGGAUUGGACAAGAAUGUUUGGGUAGAAUUUACUCAGCUCGCUGCUGACUAUUGUGUUGUCAACCUGGGACAAGGAUUUCCUGACUUCUCGCCUCCAAAUUUUGUAAAAGAAGCUUACAUAAGGGCCAUAAAUGGUGGCCUGAACCAGUACACCAGGGCUUUUGGUCACCCGCCACUGGUGAAGAUCCUGGCAAAGUUCUUUGGGAAAUUAUUGAAACAAGACAUUGAUCCACUUAAUGAAGUGCUCGUGACAACUGGGGCAUAUCAGGCCCUAUUCUGUUUCUUUCAGGCUCUGAUCGAUGAUGGAGAUGAAGUGAUUAUUAUUGAACCUUACUUUGAUUGUUAUGAACCCAUGGUUCGAAUGGCAGCUGGGCAGCCAGUGUUUAUUUCGCUGCAUCCGAAACCAGUAUCUGGAAGGUUAAUGACUAGUGCUGACUGGGUUUUGGAUCCUGUUGAAUUAGCAAAUAAGUUCAACAAAUGCACUAAAGCAAUUGUCAUCAAUACUCCAAACAACCCUCUUGGCAAGGUUUUGAGCCGUGAAGAAUUGCAAGUGAUCGCAGAACUCUGUAUCAAACACAAUGUCUUGUGUAUUAGUGAUGAGGUGUAUGAGUGGCUGGUAUAUGAUGAUAAUGAGCACGUGCGAAUUGCCAGCAUGCCUGGGAUGUGGGAGCGAACAGUCACUGUUGGAAGUGCAGGAAAAUCAUUCAGUGCUACAGGAUGGAAGAUUGGAUGGGCAAUUGGACAUAAAGACAUCAUCAAACACAUGCAGACUGUCCAUCAGAACUCGAUCUACCAUUGUACUACUGGAGCACAGCAAGCAGUAGCGGAGGGAUUUGAGAGAGAAUUUGAACAUCUGGGAGCACCAGAAAGUUACUUCUUUGGUUUGCGUAAGGAGCUGCAGUUGAAACGUGAUCAGCUUGCUGCCUGUCUUGUCUCUGUGGGAUUGAAGCCAGUUAUACCAGAGGGUGGUUACUUCUUGAUUGCAGACAUCUCAGAGGUCGAUGUUGACCUGCCAGAAUCCACCGAGACCAAGCAACCAUAUGAUUAUAGGUUUGUGAAGUGGCUCGCAAUCAAUAAGGGUUUGGCCACUAUUCCAGUGUCUGCUUUCUACUCUUCCAAUAGCAAAAAACGCUUGGAGAAUUUCAUACGAUUUUGUUUUGUUAAGGAGGACACAACACUCAGCAAGGCAGAAGAAAUUCUACAAGAGUGGAGCAGGAGAAGGAAGACUCAGUGAUUAUCCAAUAAAAUGAAUGUAUUACUUUCUUUUUCAAUGAUACUUAUGUUUAUCUUAUAAUGAAAAAUCUUAAGCUCCACAUAUAGCAUAAGUAGAUUAAAUAAUGACCCUAGAUGCUGCAACAAAAUAGCUCUUUCUAUCCAUAUUUUCAAAUGCUGAUGAUCAAUGAACAAAAAAACUUAAGAAGUAGAAGCAGGAUUGCGCCACAUGGCCCCUCAAGCCUGCUCCUCCACUUAAUAAGACCAUCCUGUGGUCCAGAUAUAACUAUCUUGACCUUGACCAUCUCAGCUGUCUGUUAUCAGGAAUUUCAAAAACCAGCAACCAUAUAAGAGAUGAAAUUCCUCUUCAGCCUUUAAUGACCGCGUCUCUCCUUACACCCUCCCUUCCUCCCCCCACUCAAACAACAGCCUCUAGCACCUGCCUUGUCUCAGUGAGAUCAAUCUACAUUCCACUCACUUCAAGGCAAGUGUACCCUUAUGUAAAGAAACCAAAACUGUGCACAUUACUCCAAAUAAAGUCCUGCCAGGCCCUGACAUAAUCUCAGAAAGAUUUCCUAAUUUUUGUACUCUAAUGACCUUUCAAAAAAACCAACAUACCCUUUAUCUUUAACAAAAACAAAAUGCUGGAAGCACUCAGCAGGUCAGGCAACAUCUGUGGAAAGAGAAACAGAGUCAAUGUUUCAGGUCAAGGAUGCUUCAUCAGAACCUUUGUCUUUUCCUAAUUGCCUGCUGUAACUGCAUGUUUACUUUGUGUCUCAUGAAUCAGCACACCACGAUUCCUCUGCCCACUAAUUUCUACUGGUUUCAUAUGUUUAAAAUUUCUGUUCUUCCUGUCAAACUGAAUUUUGCUCUAUCUGCAACUUCUUGCCCAUUUGUUUAACUUGCCUUUUAUCUUUCUUCAGAUUAUUUGUGCCAAUCUUGCAGUUUUUAAUCUCCAUCUAGGUGUGUAUCAGCAGCAAAAUUUGGAUACAUCUAAUUAAUUAACAUGAAUUUUAAGUAACUGAGUACCACUAGUAACAAUCAACAACUUGAAAGCUUAUCUUUAUUCCUACUCAGACCAUUAUUGAGUCCUCUGUCCAAUCUAACAUCCAGCACCAUGAACCCUAUUAUUUCCAACAUCCUUUUGAGUCCUGAUGCAGGGUUUCAAUCCGAAAUGUCAACAAUCUCCACCCCCCUACACCCCCCCAUAAAUGCUGCUCGACUCGACCCACUGAGUUCCUCCAGCAGAUCCUUUUGAGCAAUACUUUUUGAAUAGCUUUUUGAAUAUCCAGGUAAUUUUAGAUAGUUUAUGUCUCAGCCACCUUAUUCCCAAUGUAAUGUCUCCAUUCAUUAUAUCUGUGGGACACACAUUUAUUUUUGCUAUCCCCUUCCUUUCUGCAUAGCUGCCAAAGUUCAUAGAUUUUUCUCCCCCCUAAUUUGCUCUUGCUAUUAAAAUACUUCUUCAAAUAUUUGUCACUUAUUGUUGCUGCUUAAGAUACUCCUAGUCUUGUGGUCAGAAGACUUUAGUAAAGAGAUUUCUGAUUUCAGUUUAACCAGUAAAUGAGAGUCUGGGUCCUACUCCUUUGCAAAGCAGUGAAAAUCAAAGGAUAAUUUUUACUUCUGUUGUAGUCAAAUUUGAUGCAAGGCAACAGAUGACUUGAAUAACACUGGGAAAUGGUGCAGGAACUGAUAAGACCUUUAUCAAAGAGAAGCAUAAAAAAUAAAGGGAUAGUUUUUAUUGGAUUUAAUAACAAGUAAUUGAGGCAAUAAGUACUGAAACACUGAUUUUUACGUAUUUUGAGUUUGUCAUUUUAGAUAGUAAAUACCAAAUACCAUCGAACCUGCUUAAUUGGGUUGAUUUGAGUUUCUAAAUUAUAUUACAUACUGGUUUGAUUAGCCACAAUAUGCUGUUAUUUUUCUUUUUGCAGUACUUGAAUUAUUGUUUGUAUUAAGACUGAUCCAAAAUUAAUUUGAUGUUGGAGUUGUCAAUGCUAAUUGUGUGCAAUCUUCCAUCAUGAUUACCCAGAUAGUUUUGGCAACUGAUUAAUUACUAUAAAUAAAAAUUGAUUUUAUUUC